AUGCUGACCGUCUUUACCAGAGAUUUUUGGAACACAAGCUGUUUGCUGCGAUGGGCAGCCCGUAGCAGCCGCCCUGCCGGGCCCCGCUCCUGCUGGGAGACCACCCUGCCCCGCCGCCAGCCUGCAACACGGCACGACCUCCGCUUUUCCGCCGGACCUCGUGGCCCCGCUGAGCGCUGCAGCCCAGCCCCCCGCCCCUGCCGCUCCAGCGGUCUCGCCGUUUCCGGGCCCCCCGUGCACAACAGCGGGCGCUGCUGCCGUGCCCGCCCGCCCCGGCACCGCCGCAGCCGCCGCAGCGGCAGCAGCUCCCACGUCCCUCCGCGCGGCCCAGCCAAUCGCCGCCGCCGCCGCGAACCGCCGAACACAACGUGUGUCCCUGCACGGGGCACCCCGCGCUCGGCCCCCCCUAAAUCCACCGCGGUACAUCCACCGCGGUACAGCCAGCCUCGGUACAGCCAGCCGCGGUACAGCCAGCCGAGGUACAGCCAGCCGCGCUACAGCCAGCCGCGCUACAGCCAGCCGAGGUACAGCCAGCCGAGGUACAGCCAGCCGCGCUACAGCCAGCCGCGCUACAGCCAGCCGAGGUACAGCCAGCCGAGGUACAGCCAGCCGCGGUACAGCCAGCCGCGGUACAGCCAGCCGAGGUACAGCCAGCCGAGGUACAGCCAGCCGCGGUACAGCCAGCCGAGGUACAGCCAGCCGCGCCGCCGCCGUGUCCCUCCGCACUACUUCAGCCAGCCUCAACAGACGCAAACGGGGGGAGCACGGGGAGGUACGAGAUGGGCAAAUGCAGCUGCAGCAACACUCAGAACGGGGAGCUGCUCUGCCCUGAGGAAUGCCAAACAUCCCUGCAUCCAAGAUAAAGAAAAGAACAAAGAAACUGCAAACAGCUACAUCACACCUAAAUGUAAUAACCACUCCUUUUCCUAGACUGCUACCAACAUAAGAAGAACUGCGUGAAAACCAAAGAAAUUUGAAGUGCUGCCCUAGUUACUUGAAUUGUUAAAUAUUUUGUUUGUAUUUUCUGUGCAAAUAACUUAGUGAAAAAACAAAUAUUAGUUAAAGCAAUGUACAUAAUAUUGAAUUUAAUUUUUGCAUAAUUAAGUUUUGUCUUUUUACUGAAAAAAUUGUAUUACUAAAAGUAUUGUUUGUCUCAACAAAUUUUAUACUGAGAGUUAGUAAAAGAAUUUGUACAUAUUUAAAAACAUAUAAAUAUAUACUAACUUUCCCAGUCCUGUUCAAAAGGCUUUGAAACUAUUGCAAUUUAGCUGAAUUUUUCAGAUUGACAAAUUAGUAAAUUUAAAAAACAAAAACACAAGCAAAAGGUGCAUAAAAAAAAUUGAAUACCCCCUCCUAAAUCAAGAAAAGUUUUCAUAAACUACAAAUAAGACAUAAAUAAAAUACAAAUAAACUUUCUAACAGCUCUCAAAUUAAUGUACUGUUGAAUUUCAUGCCUUUUUUCACUAAAUCUUAGCUAAACAGUUUGAUAGUUAAAGCUUUACACCUUAGCUGAAAGAACUCUUUAAAGUAAGAUUGAUUAUUCUAAUAGUAAUAGUUGUAGUAUUAGAAACAGUACUCUGUAUACUCCAGUGUGUGCAAAAAAUGAUGAGUAAGACAGUUCCUAGUAUCUUAGUUGUUCAUCCGAAAGGGGGAGAUGUUGGGAAGGAUGGAAUA